AUGGAGGCUGCCCAUGGCGCAGCAGCAUCUAUGGACCUGUCCCUGACGCUGGCCCCCAUGCCACCAGCAGCACCUCCAUCCUCCUCUGUUUCAGCUGCAGCAGACCCCGCUGCCGGCGACAGCGGCUAUGCCCAUGGCCAUGGUGGUGGCGGCCGUGAAGAGAGAUCAUCGAGGCGGCUGUUCUCGUGCCUUUUCUGCGAGAAGAAGUUCCUCAAGUCGCAGGCGCUGGGCGGCCACCAGAACGCGCACAGGAAGGACAGGGGCGCCGGCGGCUGGAACGCCAGCCUCUACCUCCAAUCCGACCACGACGACCGGCCGGCCACCACGGACACGGAGGCAAUGGCGCCAGCGAGAUGGCCAAAGGCGCGCCUUGACGACGGCGGCGAGGAGCAGUUGCAGCAAGAGCAGCUUGAUCUCAACCUUAAGCCUUAAUUAGCUAACUCGUGUGUACGUCUAUUUUUGUUACUACUAUCUUACUUUCAAUCUUCUUAUCCUGUUGGA